GAGGAUAUAUUUUUGUGCUGUCCUCUGGCUCUGCUAUCCAGCAAACACGACAAGAUGAGUGACUGAAGAUGUCCUCUAUUAUUCGGUAGAAUUGGUUAUUCGUUUUGAAGCCAUUAUCUGUGCCUUAGUGAAUGAAAUUGGAGUGAAUACCGCUGUCAGUCAGUUUAGUGAAUGUGAAAACUCAAGUUUUUACUCAGUUAAUCCUGCAAUAAAAAUUGUUUAUUACUUGCUGAACAGGCAGACAAGGUAUCCUAGCAGCCGCCCCAUGCCAUACCCAGCUAAUGCCCCUGGGGCUGAAGAGAAGAGAAGUUCCUCUGAUUCUGAUUCGACGCGUGGAGCUCGAGAUAUUACUGAGCAAAACACACACAAGAGCUUCGAUAAGGACUGCAUCAAGGCUAUUGAAGCGCCUCUUCUGAAAGCAGCUUCAUUUGAGUCGAUCUGAUUGGCUGUGGCGAAGCGAUGAUGUCAUGUGGGCAAUGGAGAUUGAUCUGUCUGCGAACCAAUAGCAAUCUUCCAUGAAAGCGAAACUGAAACCAUUGGAUUAGUCAGAAGACGAUUCUGGGACAAUUUCAAAAGGUACACGUUAUGCCUCAUUUAGGCAAAAAUGGCAUCAUCCGGUCCUUAUAGGCGGCGCAACAGCAUUGACCUUCCUCCUACAAUAGCUGAUGUUUUCCGGCUCAGAGACGAAUUUAUUAAACUCUAUGCCAGAGAUCAUCCUCAACUCCAGCAGUGCUUAAAGAAACUACAAGAGAUCAUCAAAACAUUUGAAAAAGAUUUCAGAGUUUCUACUGAAGGAUCUAGAACUGCAGGAUGGUUGGGGAUCAAAGGAGGAGCUGCUGUGGCUGCAGGAAUAGUAGGAUUAAUUGCAGCUCCAUUUACUCUGGGAUUUUCUGUUCCUCUUGCUGCUGGUGUUGGUGCUGCUGGAGCUGCUGGAGCUGCAGGAGGAUCAGUGACACUCAAACGUGCCGGAAUUCUAAGUAACAAAAGCAGCUCUGAGAAAAAGGACCAGAUGGACAGAUUAAGACAAAACAUUGAAUCUGAACUGAAAGAAUUUCAGGAUAAAAUCAGCCCAAUGGCUGAAAAGAUGAUAGACAUUCAUGAGCGUACUGAGAAAAUAAUGACAGACUUUAAAAACCUAGAGAAAGAUGGCAGUGAUUUAACUAAGAAGUUGCAGAUAGAAGAGCUUGCUGAACUGACUGGGCAGAUGUCUGAAAGCAUGCGUUUGAUUUCAUCAAUAGCAGAGAUUUAUGGUGGGGCUAACCUUGUGCUGGACAUGAUCUCAGUUAAUGAACAUGGCAGAGCGCUCAAUGACAUGGACAAACUAGCACAAAAACCCAUACAUGAAGAAAUAGAUGAAAGUGAGAUCAGAUCAAAAGCAGGGAAAUUCAUUGUUGAAAUGAGGAAAUUAAUUAAUCAGUUACAGAACAUCAUUAAUGAACUUGAGAAAACAAAACACAAACUAGCAGAAUUUUAGGAGAUAAUCUGAGAAACAAAACAUGACCGCUGAGACAGAAGUUGAUCCUGACAGAGACCGAAGAUUCACUUGACCAACAUUAUAUUGAAUGAUUUGAACAAUCCCAUUUGUCUAUAAUUAUUCAUGUUUAAAUCGCCAAAUUUAAUAGGAUAUAGUUAUAGUAUAUCGCUUAGAGGGGUUUUUCUAAAGUAAACAGACAUUUUAACAUACAGAAAUUCAAAUAAGAUUUCAUUGUUACUGUUAUUUUUAUGUAUGUAUACAUAAUGUAUAUUUUCACGUUUCACAAAAUGUGUAUUCCCAAACAUAACAUGUUUUAAAAUGCACACACACAAAUGCAUUUGAUUACAAUGCAUAUGGAGUAAAAAGGGCUUUGUAAAUCAAUGGCAGGUUCAAGUAAGAGACAGAGAGAGAAAAACUACAUUUUUCUUUAGUGAAGAGAUAUUUUUUUACAGUUUGGUUGCCAGGCUAGAAUCAGAAAGUAAUUCAAGAAUUUAAGUUAAUGCUAAAUGUAUAAGCCAUUUCAUAUCAAUAAGUAGUCAGUGACCACAUUAUAAAACAUGAAAUGUGUGACUGUAUUUGAAUAGGUUUUGUGCUGCUUUUAGUACUGAAGAAAAAAACACUAUAGACAAUGUCACUGUGAAAUUGUAAAUACAACAAUUUAAUAAAAAAGAAAUCAUUAAACUUUUAAUGAUUUUUUAUGAAUUUUAAUGAAUUUUAAUGAUUUUAAUGAUUUUUUAAUGAUUUCAUUAAAAAAAAAAAUUUUAUUUUAAACCAUUAUUACUACCACAAUGUUUGACUUUUUUAAUAUACCAUGAAUAUUUUGAAUAGGAUACUGCUUUUAAAAGUACUGCAUUUUUAUUACAUACAUUUAUUUUAUUUGCAUGAAUAAAUGGUCAAAUAUCAACAAAGGUUAAUGAUGUGAGUAUAAGUAUAUCAUUUAUUUAUUUGUAGAAUAUUGUACAAUAAACCUUCUUUAACAGUCAUUAAAUCUGAAGAAAGUAAAACAAGUAAGUUAUGGUCAGAGUUCAGAUUUAUCCUGAUUCUGCAGUUUGUCCAAUAAAGCUCAUUGUGUGCUCUG